CCACAACUCUAACCUUGUCUCCCUCCUUUUUCUUACACGUCCGUCCUCGUCUACGCGACAAUACAACAACACACGCAUACACAAUUUUGAAGACUCACAAACCUGCGCAGCGGCACAAGCAAGUUAUCGGCACCCAACCCCACUCCACACCACACCACACCGCCCACCAUGGCCCUCCGCGACGUCGCGUACGACACACUCGAGCGCGGCGAGCACGCCCACUCCAACGGCCAUCACCACCACCACACGCUCGACGAGCGCCCCCGCAAGCCCGUCGUUCACUCGCUCUCCGGCGGCGCAACAGACUACGACGCCGAGAAGCGCAAGACGACGCGGAUUCUGUCGCCCCAGGCCGUGGGGCGCGCGAUCGCCGGGCGGGCGUACCGCGUCCUCAGGCGAGGCAACCUCCCCUUCCUCAUCGUCUUCAUGGUUGCGCUCUUCGUCUUCUUUGGAGCGCUCGCGGGUAUUGGCUACGUCGACCCCGAGACACAGGCUAUCAACAAGGCCGCGGCGGCCGAGGCAGAGUUCAUCGUCGGCGGCCCAGUGUUCGACCGCCAGGAGAGCCAGAAGCAGCUCGAGAGGCAGAUUGCGGAGCGCCGCGCGCUCGAGGAGCAGUGGGUCCGGAAAAAGCGUCCCAAUGCAGGCAACUGGAUGCAGAGCCAGCGCGACGACCGCGCCGUCCGCAAGGGCCGCAGACUGGACAGCGAACAAGACUAGUAGUGUCUGUCCGUCUGUCGUCUGUCUGUCCGUCGCGUCGUCGCUCGCCACAUUUUGGAUCUCUGGGCCGUUGUCAGACCCGUAUCGGUGUUCUGUUAUCUCGUCCAUGCAGC